AAAAGCAGAGCAAUUUCAAGAAAGUUUCUCCCAGUGAUCUUAUGCUAUUCUACCAUGGGCAUUUUAACCAUAGUUUGUCUUUUUCUGUACUUAGGAAGAAGUUGGGGACAAGAGCAAGUGUAUGUCAUCUCAGGACCUAAAGUGUUCUAUCUCGGAACCUCUGAAAAUGUAGUAAUUCAGGCUCAUGGAUAUGUAGAAUCAUUUUCUGUGAUCACUGCUAUUAAAAGUUAUCCUGACAAAAGUUUCACGUACUCUUUUGACCAAGUUGAUUUAUCUCCAGAAAAUGAAUUUCAAAACUCUGCGAACUUAACUAUACAACCAAAAGAUUUAUCUGGAGGGCCAAAUGCAGUUUCACACGUAUAUUUAGAAGUUGUAUCAAUCCAUUUUUCGAAAGACAUCAAAAUUCCACUACGCUAUGACAAUGGAUUUCUUUUUAUUCAGACAGACAAAUCUGUUUAUAAAUCAGACCAGCCAGUGAAAGUUAGAGUUUAUGCCUUGGAUAAAGACCUAAAGCCAUCUCCAAAAGAAGUUACCUUGACAUUCAUAGACCCAGAAGAGUCAGAAGUUGCCACAGUAGAAGAAAAAAAUCACACCGGGAUUAUCAGUUUUCCUGACUUCAAGAUCCUGUCUAAUCCUAAAUAUGGCUUUUGGACAAUUAGAGCUAAAUAUAAGGAAGAUUUUAUAACAACAGGAACUGCAUCAUUUGCACUUGAAAGUUCUGUAGGUCGCUUCUUCAGAGAAAGGAAAAGAACUAAUGUCAAAUGUGAUCUGUAUCCCUACACACUGGAUUUGGUUGCUACUUCUCUUUCUUUGAAGCCUGGAAUUCCAUACGUUAUCAAGGUGCAGGUAAAAGAUGCUGUUGCCCGUUUUGUAGGAGGGAUUUCAGUAAUCCUAAAAGCAAAAAUAGUGGAUAAAACUCAGAAGAAAAGAGAUCUGGAUCCAAAGACAAGUAUGACAAAUGAUCAGGAUGGCAUAGCUUCCUUUGUGGUUAACAUCCCCACUGGUGUGGCAGCUCUGGAGUUUCAUGUUAGAACUGAUGACCCGGAUUGUCCUGAACAAUAUCAGGCCAGCAAUGAGUACCAAGCUGUGACCUACUCAUCACCCAGCCAAAGUUUCCUUUCCCUUAGCUGGACAGGUGUUUACCAGAGUUUGCUUGUGGGAGGACACCUGAACAUAACUGUCACCCCUAAAAGUCCAUAUCUUGACAAAAUCACACACUACAAUUAUCUGAUUUCAUCUAAGGGGAAAAUUGUACACUUUGGCAUAGAGAAGAGAAUCCCAGCUUCAUCUUCCCAAAUUUUAAAACUUUCUGUGACUAAACACAUGGUCCCUACAGCCCAUCUCCUGGUCUAUUACGUCAUCACAGGAGAACAGACCACAGAGUUAGUGUCUGACUCACUCUGUCUAAAUAUUGAAGAAAAAUGUGGAAACCAGCUCCAGGUCCAUCUGUCUCCAAGAAAAGAUGUAUAUUUUCCAGGUGAAGCAGUGUCACUUAUUAUGGAAACGCAGCCAGAGUUGUGGGUAGCAUUAACAGCAUUGGACAGUCAUACACAUGGCAUCCAAGGAAGAGGCAAAAGCCCCAUGGAAAGAGUAUUUGGAGCUUCUGGGAAAAUUGACCAGGGCUGUGGAGCAAGUGGCGGCAGAAACAACGCUGAAGUGUUUGAAGUGGCGGGUCUCAUUCUUCUCACCAAUGCAAAUGCAGAUGAUUUUCAACAAAUUGAUGGAUCAGAUAAGAAUGUGGACAGAGCAAGAAGAUCCCUGCAAGAGGAAAUAGACAAAUUAGCAUCUCAGUUCAGACACCCAGUCAUCCAGAAGUGCUGCUACGAUGGAGCUCAUAGAAGUGAGGAGGACUGCACAGAGAGAGCAACACGGAUUACUGUUGGCCCAAAGUGCGAGGCAGCUUUCCUUCAGUGCUGCAGCCGGGCAAGCAAGGUUCGAGAUGACCUUUUAUACAAGGAGACACUCGUGGCUCGAGCACCAGGAAUGCCACAAUAUCCCCUACCGAGAGUCCAAAUUCCAGCUAGCACUGCUUCAGAAAACUGGUUAUGGGGAGUGCAUCAUGUUUCCAAAAGGCAUCAGAUGGAGUUGGUGCUACCUGAUCUCCCAACCACUUGGGAGAUUCAAGGAGUUGGCAUAUCAGACAAAGGUAUAUGUGUUGCUGAUGGGCUAAAGUUGCAGGUAGACAAAGACCACUUCUCUGGCAUAAAAAACAAUAAUACAAGACUCAAUUAAAAGGAACAGUUUCUAACAUCAAAACUACAGGAAUCUAAGUAAGUAGCCCUUGAUUCAGAAAUGCUGGUGUGUGCUUCAGGAACUUUCUCGACUUCUAGGUACCAGGAUGUGGAAUAAAAAAAUUCGUCUCUGCCCUAUGACGUGGAGAAGACAUGUUCUGGCCCUUGAGUGCUUGCCACUGUAUUUCUUUUAUGUAAGAGGAAAAUAAAUGCUUAUUUCAAUCUGA